AUGAGAAGAUUCAAUGACACUUUCCAUCAGCCCAAAGGCUUUAUGCUGGUAGGCUUCUCCGAAUGGCCCAGACUGGAAAUGUUUCUUUUAGUAGCCAUCUCUAUCUUUUAUAUAAUGACCCUCUUUGGAAAUUCAGCCAUCAUUAUCUUGUCUCGCCUUGAACCCAGACUCCACACACCCAUGUAUUUCUUUCUGGCUAAUCUCUCCUUUCUGGACCUCUGCUAUACCACCUCUACUGUCCCUCAGAUGCUGAUAAAUAUACAGAGACAUCAGAGAACCAUCAGCUACAUUGGAUGCAUAGCUCAACUUUUCUUAUUCCUUGGUCUAGGGUCCACUGAAUGUGUACUUCUUUCAAUAAUGGCCUUUGAUCGUUACAUCGCUAUCUGCCAGCCUCUCCAUUACACCGUUAUUAUGCAUUCUCGUCUAUGCCAACAGCUGACAGCAGUAGCUUGGGCAACAGGUUUCAGCAACUCCUUGGUACAGACAGUGUUGACUUUCUUGCUACCUCGCUGUGGUCAGUACCAGGUGGAGAAUUUCUUCUGUGAGGUACCUGCUAUGCUUCAGUUAGCAUGUGUUGACACAUGGAUCAAUGAAGUGGAGAUGUAUGCAGCUGUGGUAGUCAUAAAGGUUAUCCCAGUUGGAUUAAUUCUAUUCUCUUACAUAAACAUUGUCAGAACAGUCAUAAGGAUCCAAUCUUCUGAGGGUCGCAAGAAGGCCUUCAACACUUGUGGGUCUCAUCUGCUGGUGGUAAUUAUGUUUUAUGGCUCUGCCAUUAGUGGUUACGCAUAUAUGGCGCCAAAGAGCAACUCAGCCAAACUGAAAGGCAAGCUUCUUGCACUCUUCUAUGGACUUAUAACUCCAAUGCUCAACCCCCUCAUCUACACACUGAGAAAUAAAGAUGUUAAGGGAGCAGUAAAGAAGCUAUUAGGAAGAGAACAAGAGCAAAGAUGGAACAUGACUUAG